CAACACUUUAAAUACCAUCGUUAUAUUACAGCCAUAGAAAGAACAAUGAAAAAAAAUUAUAUCAAAUAUCCAUCAAGAGAUUUGUGAAUCUUAAAUUCCAAAAACAAAGCAACCUUGCCAACAUUCAAACAAACAAGAUUCUGGAAGCGACGAUAUUUCUGUUUGUCUUUGAAAAAAUCAGAAACUUUUUGUGGCAAUCCUCUCAUCAUUAGCAUCCUAAAAUCAUUCUUUCCCCUUGAAUAUUUUUCUACCUUGAUUGAUUAAUUAUAAUGAUGGAAUCAAAACAUAAUGAACAUAAAGAUUUAAAAACUAGUCAACAACAAUCAGCUGUUGAUGAUUCGGAAGAAGAAGAAAAUGAAAUAUUGGAAGAAAGUCCAUGUGGUAGAUGGCAUAAAAGACGUGAAGAGGUGGAACAAAAUAAUAUACCUGGUAUAGAUGCUACAUAUUUAGCAAUGGAUACUGAAGAAGGUGUUGAAGUUGUUUGGAAUGAAGUACGAUUUUCAGAACGGAAAUUUUUCAAAGCAAAAGAAGAAACAAUUAGUGAAGUUUUUGAUCGUUUAAUACAAUUGGAACAUCCAAAUAUUGUUAAAUUACAUAAAUAUUGGAUACAUAAAGAUACGGAUGUACCAAAAGUUGUAUUCAUAACUGAAUAUAUGUCUAGUGGUUCGUUACGGCAAUAUUUUGAAAAAACUAAAAGACAUGAUAUUAAAAUAUCAUUACAGGUUUGGAGAAGAUGGUGUACACAAACAUUAUCGGCAUUAUGUUAUCUACAUUCAUCACAGCCAUCAAUUGUACAUGGAAAUAUAAAUUGUGAUACAAUUUUUAUUAGUUAUAAUGGUUUGAUUAAAAUCGGUGCAAUUGCACCGGAUGCUAUACAUCGUCAUGUAAAAACUGUACGAUCGGAUGCAAAAUCAAAUUUACAUUUUAUUGCACCAGAAUUGGGAAAUUUUCAAGAAUUUCCAAUGUUAUCACCAUCGGUAGAUAUUUAUUCAUUUGGAAUGUGUGCAUUAGAAAUGGCUGCAUUAGAAAUUCCUAGUGAUAAUGAUCAACCACAUCAUAUUACUGAUGAAAUUAUUAAUAAAACUAUUGAAUCAUUAGAUAAUUCAAUUCAACGUGAUUUCAUACAACAAUGUUUACGAAAAGAUUCAAUAAAAAGACCAACUGCACGUGAUUUAUUAUUUCAUCCGAUAAUAUUUGAAGUACCAACAUUACGUUUAUUUUGUGCACAUUCAAUAUUAAAUAAUCCAUCAUUACAGCCCGAACAAUUGACUGAAGAAGCAAUUUCACGUUUUCUUUGUCUACAAAAUCAAAAUGAUAGGAUUGUUGCUGAAAUUCGACGUUCGGAACAACAACCAUCAAUAUUAUUUAAACAAUCAGAUUUUCCUAAUCGUGAAUUGGAAAAAUUAUUAGAUGAAGUAAAAAAUGGUGCAUAUCCAUUAACAGCUGUUAUGCCAACAACCCGACCACCAUUAGUUUGUCGUCAACGUACAAUAUCACCGGAAAUAAUUGAUGAAGCACAUAAACAAAUUAAUACACCGGAUAAUCCUUAUGAUGAAGAAACAAGACGUAUUGUUUAUAUGAAUUGUUCUGUACAAUUAAUGGCAUCCGAUCCAACUUGUUAUGAUAUUAAAAUUGUGAUUAAAUUAGAUGAUAAAAUUAAUCGUCAACUUACAUGUGAAAUUUUAAAAGAUCAAUUAAUUCCACCAACUAUAUCACAAGAACUUGUUUAUUAUGGUUUUAUUAAUAAGGAUGAUAAAGAAAAUGUUGCACAAAUACUAUUUGAAGCAUUAACCGAAUUGAAUGUUUCAAAUAAUAAUAAUAAUAAUUAUAUGGCAUUCUGUGAAAAAUCAUUACAAACGCAGAAUAAAAAUAAUCAUAUUAAUAAUAAUUCAACUGGUUUAACAACAACAACAACAACAUCAUCAACGAUAACACCGGCACAGAUUAUUGUUAUACAACAACAGCCAAAUGAUUUAGUUUGUCAUCAUCAUCAUCAUCAUCAACAACAACAACAAUACCACCAACAGCAACAGAAUUUAAUAUCACCGGAUAAAAAUAAUGAAAAAACAUGUGAUUUUUUACCAGAUAGAUUUAUUAUUGUUGAAACAACAAAUGAUAAUCAUCCACAUCAUCAAAUGAUGAUGAUAUCACCAUCAAAUGAUAAUCAUUCCAUUUGA